AUGCUCUCCAGCCGGCUUGCGCUCGAAUCGAUGGGGGAAGAUGAGCUCCGCCCUCACCUUGGAGCUCGCUGGAUUCGCGCCGCCCCUUCACCGUCGCCGCUGUCAAAGCUUGCUGGGGAGCGCUUCACCCCCACUCCAAAUUCCGCCGACCACAUUCGCUCGCCUUUGCUCGCCUGUCGCGCAUCGCCCUCUCCCGUCAACUCGCCCCCGGCGACCGGCUCCACCACUGCCCGCCCCUCGUCUCCCAAACCCCCGGGUGGCCCUGCCGUGGCCAUCAGGAGGAAGGCUGCCGCCGACCGCGCCGACAAGGUUGCCAAUGCCCGUCCCAGCAGCACCCGCGCCGCCGGCGCUGGCGGUAGCAGCAGCACUAUGUUGAGGCUUUACACCGACGAGUCUCCCGGCCUCAAGGUCGACCCCGUUGUCGUGCUCGUUCUGUCUGUCGGCUUCAUCAUUAGCGUCGUCGCCCUGCACGUCAUCGCCAAAAUCACCAAGAAGUUCUCCGCAUAA